GGUCAGGGAUCAUUCUAUUUCUACCCCUUUCUCCCACUGUCAUUAAUCCGGCCUGCCCUCCCCUAAGCACCCAGCAUUCUGCAUUACCUGCGGGACUCUUCAUUCUUCAUUUUUCAAUACCCCAAUCCGCCAGGAAUCGUGCCUAUCCUGAAGCACCGAGUACAACUAGUCCACAUGGCCAACUCUGCAUCCUCCCCCGAAGUGCGAAACGCCUUGGACCGCGCCAGAGAUAAUCAAGGUGACGCUGGCACGGCGGCUAUCCUCGAGGCUGCCGUCGGGAAGCUAUGGGAGCGGAUCCAAAAUGAGCCGGAGUACGUGCUCAAUCGCGAGGAGUUCGCCUUAUUCAACUACUUUAUCUAUCGCUAUGGGAAGGAGCGUGAGGGCCGAAGGGCUGUGGAGCAGUUUUGGAACCAUUAUCGCCCAAAUAACUCGGCCUCCAACGGAAGCAAGACUUAGUGACCGUCGCCCCGCCAUCACUUGUCAUCCAUACGCUUACCCGAUCUUCGGGCCCAAGGCUCAAAAAGAACUGCGGGCGCCAGGCCCUGAUUGAUCUA